GAGAGAGAGAGAGAGAGAGAGAGAGAGAGAGAGAGAGAUUGGUAAAGAUCAGUUGAGUCUCGUCACGGAGAUCUUCAGUCAAUGACAGCGCUCACAUUCUCCUCUUGAAGAUGCUUGUGCUGGUCUGUGUGUGCGCGCUGCUGAUCGCCGGGGCUUCUGCCCGCAACGACAACGGCAAUUUUUUGGACGACAAAUGGUUGACCGGGAGAUGGGACAAAUUCAGAGAUGAGGUGGAGGAACCAGGAACAUGGAGCCCAGCAAAACCAUUCGAUCAAGCUCUGGACCCUGCCAAAGAUCCAUGCCUCAAGAUAAAAUGUGGCCGCCAUAAAGUGUGUGUGGCAGAAGAUUACCAAACACCCACCUGUGUUAGUCAACGCAGGAUGAGUUUAAAGGACAUGAAUUUGAACUCACCACUGCUAAAGUGCAAAAGAUGUCCAGUUGUGCACCCUGCACCUGUUUGUGGAACAGAUGGGCACACUUACUCCACCAAGUGUAAACUAGAAUAUCAAGCUUGCAUCUCUGGGAAGCAGAUUUCUGUGAAGUGUCCAGGACAGUGUCCCUGCCUUUCAGGAAAUACAGCAGAGAAGAAAGAGUGUGGCAAUGCAGAGAUGAGUGAAGUGGUUAGCAGAUUACGAGAGUGGAUCACAGUUCUUCAUGAGAGUGGCAAUCCCAGCAAGAAAUAUAAGUUCCAGAAGCCAGAGAGAAAGAUGGACAUGAGUAAGGUGCCCCUCUGUAAGGACUCUCUGGGCUGGAUGUUCUCCAGACUGGACACAAACUUUGACCUUCAGCUCGACCAAUCAGAGUUGUCCAGCUUAAACUCAGAAAAGAGUGAUGUGUGCACUAAAGCCUUCCUCAGGUCAUGUGACCCAGACAGAGACAGUCUUGUUUCCAGCCAGGAGUGGUGUUCUUGCUUUCAGAGAUAUCAAGAAACUCCCUGCCAAUCAGAGAUCACCAUCAUCCACAAACAACAAGCUGGGAAGAAAUUACUUGGUCCAUACAUCCCCUCCUGUGAUGAGAAUGGCUUCUAUAAGCCUCACCAGUGUCAUGGUAGCAGUGGUCAGUGCUGGUGUGUCGACCGCUAUGGAAACGAGGUUGCGGGGUCUCAUACCCACGGGCCUGCUGACUGUGCCGGGGAGUCUUCCGGAGAUUUUGGCAGUGGCGACGCACUGCUCUCAGAUGAUGAGGAUGGAGAUGUUGUAAAUGAUGAAGAGGAGAUGGGAGAUGAUGAUGAUGAAUAUGAACAAGUUGAUGAUGAGUAUGGGUACCUGUCAUAAUCAUUUUUUUUUUGUUUUGUUUUUUGUUUUUUUAUUAUAUAAAACAUAAUAUAAAAAAAGGAGCCAAAUAAAAAAAAAAACAAAUUUUCAUUUGGUCUUAAAGCACGUUUCUAGGUGACCUUGGCAGAGUGCAGUACUAACAUUACUAAAGGGUCCAUCUACCCCUUGUGCUGUAUAACAUUUGUACAAAAAAUAAUAAUAAUACUCAAUAACCACGUUUCAUUUUUGAUAUAUUUGUUAUAUUCAUCCAAAGCGAAUAAGUGUAUUGACAGACCUAGAAGUUCAGGAAUUCAUAAGCGGGUUUGAUGAGAAAUUAAUGAGGGUUAAUUUAAGAAAUUAAUGAGGUUGUAAUGAGAUAUUAAUGAGGGUUAAAUGUUUGCACUUAUAAACAUGCACACAAAUACACAUACAAAAUACAUGCAUACACACACCUGAAGGCAUGAUCCAUGAGCAACUUGCUCCGUAACUCUUUACACCUGCUGUGAUUUUAGUCAUGCCAUGAGGUCUUAAUGUUGAUUUUAACACAUUUUGUCUCAUAACAGUUCGCCACAAUCACAUGCCUACUCUUAUUUAUCAUAAUUUUUUUUCAUUAGAAGAAUGAAUAUUUAAAACUACUGAUGAAUUAUCAAUAUGUAUUAACAGUUGACAUUUAAAGGUCAACAUUCUAGAGCAAAUUGUUUGAUGUGGCCUGGAUUGACCACACUUCAGACACACAAUAAAAUAGAUGUGACUGCAGUUGAUGUUACGAGAGGACAGUCAUGCUAUUUACAGAGGCUUAUACACACACACACACACACACACACACACACUUAUCUUGUGAAUAGUUUGGCAGUCCUUGGGCAUGAGGUGCCUUUGACGCAACACAGAGGAACGGGUGGAAAAGAGGUCUGGGGAAAAGAGAGAAGGAGAUAUUUAGAGUUAGAAUGUAGAACUUGACUGCCAUAUGAAUAAAAAAAUGAGAGGUUUUUAUGUCACGUUCUGUUGUUUUUGUCUAUAGGAGAAAGUGAACAUGAUUAGUUAGUUUGCAUAUGUUACUGUAGACAACAAAUCAUAUGAUAGAUGCUGCUGUCACUAAUUCUCCUCGUCCCUCUCAGUGCUUUUGCAUUUUCUGUCAGAUUUGUUUUCAUAAUGUGCAUAUGAAAAUAUUAAUUUCCUUCUAUGGACAUUGUGGUGUUUCCUGAAAAAAAAAAAAACAUAUUUGGUUCAAUGAGUUUAUGAUAAUCAUUUACAGGUAAAAGGAACUACUGUACCUUUAUCAGUAUUGUCCAGCUGUUGUCAUAGAGAUAACACUUUUUGGUUUGUUUGUUUGUUUGUUUGUUUGUUUGUUUGUUUUUUACAGUAUACAUAUAAUUUGCUCAAAUAAAGUUACACAGACCAAAACA